AUGACGCCCAUCCAGACAUCCUCAGCCCCCAAGACAGUGGAGAGCGUGCCACUCGCAAGUUCCAAACGCAAGCUGGACGAGGAUCAAUUCUUCAACAACAGCAAUGUAAAGUGGCUGGGAGGCUCAGACAAGCCGCCGUACACAAAGGCGAGCACUUACUCGGGCGCAGUUGCUGAUAGGGAGCGUUUCUUGAGAGAGACAAACGGUUUGACUGCUCUCCAAAAGCAUUGCGUGUACUUUGAUGGGGACGCGGAUGGCAUUAUCUGGCCUACCGAUACCUUCUUGUGAGUGGCCCCACCGUAACUGCCAUAGCCGGCCUUUUCAAGCUUCUUCGCUAGCCAUUCUGGCCUCAGCACACUCGCUGAGCCCUAGUUGCCUAUCCUCUCGCGCUCCUUCAAAUCAGCGGCUUUUACGCACUCGGUUUCGGACUGAUCCUCUCCCUCCUAGCCGUCGGCAUCAUUCACGGGCCAUUUUCGUACCCAACAAUUCCCUACACCGGGGCAAGGUGGACAGACUACCUUCCAGAUCCCUUCUUUCGCAUCUGGAUCGCAAACAUUCACCGCAACAAGCACGGUUCGGAUAGCGAGUCCUACAACCGCAAGGGCGAAUUGCAGAGGCAAAGAUUCGACGACAUUUUUGAUCUCUACUCGACCGCCCCAAACAAGGACGGCUUGUCUUUCAACGACUUGAUCGUGAUGAUCACCACCCAAAGAAAUCUCAUGGAUCCUUUCGGCUGGUUCGCCAUGGCCUUUGAAUGGGGCAGCACUUACCUCCUCCUGUGGCCUUCUGACGGAAUCGUCAAGAAGGAUGACGUCCAUGGCAUCAUCGAUGGCAGCCUCUUCACCUCUAUCGCGGCGCGCCGUCGUGAAGGUCUUGGUGCCUUUAAUGCCAGAGAAAGGAAGCAAAUCUAG